AUGAUGCUUCAAAGGGCUGUGAUCUUGGAUGAACAAAGCUAUGGUCGUUGGAAGGUCCGCAUGGUUCAGUUGAUCCGUAAUCUUGGUGAGGAUGCUUGGACGGCUGUUGAAGAAGGCUGGGAGCCUCCAUAUGAGAAAACUGAAGCUGGUGACAAGAUCACUAAACCUAAGCCUCCAUAUGAGAAAACCGAAGCUGGUGACAAGAUCACUAAACCUAAGGCACGCUGGACAGUGGAAGAAAAGAACUUGUCUAAAUACAAUGCUAGGGCUCUUAAUGCUAUCUUUGGAGCUAUUGAUGAUGAUGAGUUUAAGCUUGUUCAAGGUUGUGAAUCAGCUAAAGAUGCUUGGGACAUUCUGGAGAAGACCCAUGAAGGAAAUUCAAGUGUCAAAAGAACAAGAUUAGACCAACUUGCAUCUCAGUUUGAAGUCUUAAGAAUGGAUCCAGAAGAAUCAAUUUCACAAUUUAGUGCAAAAUUGAGUGUUAUUGCUAAUGAAGCAAAGAAUCUUGGUAAGAUCUAUAAAAAUACCAAGCUGGUUAAGAAAUUAAUUAGAUGUCUACCUUCUAAGUAUGCAGCUCAUAAAGCAGUUAUGAGGGUAUCUGGCAACACAUACACCUUGAAGUUUGAGGAUCUCGUUGGUAUGCUAAAAUCAGAGGAGAUGAAAGUUUCUGAAGAAUUGAGAAUUCAUGGUAAAGGAAUUGCAUUCAAGGCAGAUGACAGGAGUGAUCAGUUGAAAGAGAUAAAAGAUAACAUGUGCUUGAUGGCAAGAAACUUUGGAAAAGCUCUCAAGCGUGUUGAAAAAGGACAGGGACGAGAAUUAGCUUGUUGGAAUCAAACUGCUACAGAGAGGUCUUGUUCUAGGCCAAAUAUAUCUGAGAAAGAAAAAUCUAAUCGGAGAAAAGAGAUUCAAUGUCUUGAAUGUGGUGGUUUUGGUCAUUACAAACUUGAGUGUCCAAUGGUUAAGCGCAAGGAGAUGAAGUGCUUUGAAUGUAAAAAGAUUGGACAUUUAAAAUCAGAAUGCCCAAACAUGGUGAAAGGAAAUAAGAUUGCAUAUGUUAGCUUUAAUGAUUCAGAAUCAGAGACUGAUGAAAGCUCAUAUGAUGAUGAUGAAGAGUCAAUUUCAAAAGAGAGCUAUUGUAUUCUGUAUGACAAUUGGGUUCAGUUGUGUAAUGAAAAGUUGCUACUUGUCCAAGAAAAACUGAAAUUGGAAGCCAAAGUCAAUAUGCUUGAAGAUAGGAAGCGUGAAGUAUUGAUUGGUGAGGAACUCCCUCCUGCUGAAAAGGAGUUGUUUGAGAGGAAACUGAGAAAUCUGCAAGAAAAAUAUAGUUUGGAAAAAGAAAAAGCAACAAGUCUGGAAAGGGAGCUGAAUGAGAAUCACAAGAAGAUUAGGAUGUUGAAUAAUGGUGGCAAAAAGCUUGAUGAGAUACUAUCUAUGGGAAUUGUAGGAUCUCAGCAUCGAGGUCUGGGUUAUCAUAAAGAGGAGACUGUUGAGCUGUUAUCUCGUGAUAAAUCAGUAAGCUUUGUUAAGAGUAAUUCAACCCAUGAAACCGAGUCAAGUAUUCUGGGAAAAGUGGUUCAACAGGAAGCCCCUGUAGCACUAACCAGGAACAAGUUCAAUCUAUAUCCGCUCCUAAGCAAAAAGUUUAAGAACAAGAUCAAUGAGCUUUGGAUGGCUAGGAAGUGCUUUAUCGAUCCAUCUCACUUUUGCAAAGUCUGGGUUGCUAAACAGGAUCUUUACAGUAAGGUUUCCGAACAUAAUGAAAGACAAUAUAAUCAAAUAAUCCAUGAAACUGAGGAAAUCAACCUAUUUUGCAAUCUCUCGAAGAUAAUCACUGAAGACGAUGUUGGGGUUGAACCUGAGGUUCUACAGAAGCAUGUUGCAGACCACCUGUACAAGAAACAGUCACAACUGAAUCAACUAGAUCCAAUAGUAAUGAUUGGAAUGAUGAAUCAUCAGGAGUCUUAG